AUGGCUACGAAGCGACCUGCCUCGCCGGAUGUGCGCUCCGACCAGCCCACAAAGAAAGUAAAAGUCAUGCACGAGAACCAGGAGUGGAUCCUCGACGAGGAAGAAAUUCCUACCACCCCGUCUUCCCCACUGUCUCCCAGCGAGACCAACGAUAGCUCUGCCGAUGUAGAAACCUUGUCUGAAUCCUCUGGUACGGACUCGGUCAAACCGUCUCCUUAUACCGACGAGUUCUUUGCAGAUAUGGCCAAUAUCAUUGCGAAUAUCUUUCCUUUUGAAGCGUUUGCCAAAGCCCAUGGCUGCACAGUUGGCGACGUUUCACAAGCGAUUAGUGCCAUGGUUGUUGCUCCUCUGUCUGACCCAUCCUUCACCUGGCACAGUGAUAGUGAGAUCUCUAUCGCUGAAUAUGGACGAGGCAUGAUCAGUAUCUGGAACGAGCAUUACGAGCGCAAGCUUCGAAACACUGAUACGACGAAGUUAAAUAUCGAUCUAUCAACCCCCAAAGGCUCCACGAGCUCUUCGGGAAUUGAGACACCCUCGGAAGAUGGGAGUGUCUUGUCAGAAAGCUUCAAUAAAGCACUACUUGGAGAAACGCCGUCCGAAGAUGAAGUGGAGCCCCCAGAUAGCGAGGCACCGGGUCUAUCAAAGAAGAGUUGUCUCAGCACACAGUCACAGAAAGCAGCGCGACGACCGGCCAAGAGGGUGAGAUGGGCCCCUCCCCUCUCGCCGGUCGUCCGCGAGAAGGUGUACAAGGACGACUAUGGCAACUAUGUCCCGGUCCCGACACCAGAAAAGAUCAAGGAGAAGGGGCGGAAAAAAUUGCGAGAAGAAGUGCGGGCGAGCAAAGGGCUGCUUGAACGGCCCGAACCAACGUAUAGUGCAUUCGACCUAGAGGUCCUUUCGAAUUUUGACGACCUGGAAUAUGUGGUGUAG